AAUAAAGAUAUAAAUACAUACAUAUGGGGGGUAACCUGGGAAUGAGACUGCUAAUAUGCUCCUGAAACUGUCACAGGGUACCAUGAAUAAAAUGUGCCUUUAAGCAUGUUAUGAGCAAAGGGGGAUCAGACCACAAAGUGAACAUUAAAAAGUUUUUGACUUUGAACAUAACAUAAUUGCCCAGAAUAGCAAGAGACAGAUGUGAUACAGCCCUUUUUCCCCACUCAGGAUGUCAGAGCUGGACCCUACCCAAUCCAGCCAGGAUCUUCGCACUCUCCUGAAAUGGUACCGCACUGAGAUAGCUGUGGCUGUGACUGACCUGUUCCCUCUGCUACAUGGGAUGAUGGACAGAGAACUCAUCACUGAGGAGAAAUUCCAGGAAACACAGCAGGCUGGGGAGGGCAGCGGGGCUCAGAAGGCUUCUCAUGCUCUUUUCACGUGGCUUUUAAGCUGUGAUCUGCCCACCAUCCAAGGCUUCUGGUCACUCCUGUCUACUGACUAUAUAUUAAAGAGCUACCCACGUCUCUCGGGAAUUCACAGUGCCCUUUGUGCAGACACCUCAUCUCACCGCAAGGCUCGGAGACCUCCUCAUACCAACAAACCAGUAUCUCUUCUGAAAUCACAUGCUAAACGAAAAGCUGGAGGAGAGAAAGACACAUCAUCAGCGAAUUCACUGAGUGCUGGACCACCAGCCAAAACUAAACCUCCACGGAAAGCUGAAAAACCCGUGGCUUUGGAUUGUCUUCUGACACAAUCUCCACAGAAAAUCUCAAGUGUAUUGACUGUGAAUCAGAGUGAGAUGAAACCUGUGUCCUACACCAUCAGCAAACCUGCAGCCAACACAGGGUCCAGCAUUGACAGGUCAACACAGAAAGAAAAAGAACUGCAGGCUGUAGAAAAGAACCAAACUCAGCCUCUGAAACUGACUCUGCGUCCCAAGCUUAUAUCUCAGCAGGUUGGUUCUAUUGCCCCUUCUGUGCCUGCUGAAUUGCCUCAAUACCAGAGUAAUGAUGAUGAGUGCUCAGUGUGCCGGGACGGAGGUGAGUUAAUAUGCUGUGAUGGAUGCCCACGAUCCUUUCACCUUUCCUGUUUGGUGCCGCCUUUGACCCAUAUUCCAAGUGGUACAUGGAGAUGUGAUGCUUGCAAUACACAGAGACCAACAUCAGAUGGGCAACCCGAGAAGGGAGAAACCACGGUGUUAUCUAAAAAGCCCUCACAGGAAUCCGCAGAGGCCCAAAGCCAGAAGAGAAUGAAAGUCUGUGAGAUGCUAGCAGACAAGCAUGACAGUAUCAUACAGAAGUCCAACACAAUCCGGACCCUGAAUAAUCCUCAGUUAGUCGCCCAGCCGGUGAUCUGCCCCAAACCUACUGGAAGAACACAGAACUGCUCACAACAACAAAGUUCUUUCCAAAUGCUCCCUCAGCCUCAGGCCUGUCCCCGUUCCCUUUCCAACCUCUGCAUAUCUCAGGCACCUGUAAGACAAAUUUGCUCACAGUUUUUGCCCAGGUCUCAGAUUAGAACCUCACAACAGCCGCAGGCCAACCCUCAACAUUUGUCCACACCUCAGCCUUGUUCCACAUCUCUUCCUCCGAUACCUUGUACUACUCUUACCUUUCCGUCCCAGAACUACCCUACUCCAGCAGACAAUACAUGCACCUCACAAACACCUAGUGUCCAAACUCAGCAUAGCAAACCCUUUGCUUUACAGAAAGAGCCUUGUCCUUUAGCAUCAUUAGAACCUACGCUCUGCAUUCCACUUGUGCCCUUAAAUGGGAUUAACUCUGCAACUGAGCCCCAGUUUGAGGUCAGUCCAAGGCCCCCUGUCCAAGGUGAAGUACCCAUCCUGCCAAUACCCGGGACAACAGAAUCCAACUCGGGUACCUCCUCAGCUCCAGAAGAGAUGGUACCUGCCCCAGUAGCUCUUCAGGCUGAAAUAGGAGAGCUCAAGGUUCCAGCAGAUGCUGCAGGUAGCAACUUGACAUUGAGUAGACAUGAACUUGAAUGUCUUAUUGCUGAGAGCUCCUUUGAUUGCUUCCUUCAGUGGGCAUUUCAGAACAUUUCCCGUCCUGUGCAGUGAGAAUCUGCUGCCGUCUCACCUGCUUGACUUGAUUUAGGGCUAUAGAGUGCCCUCAACGUGAGCAAGGAGAAAUUCAAAUGGUUUCAAAUAUUAUAAUAUAACAGUCUAAACAUAGUGCUUUAAAGAAGAUUAAUGCUGGGAAGUCACCUACACUGGUCAGAUUUGAUGAACCUGAAUGCAACCUGCUGCUACCCGCAACCACCUCCAAACACACAAAAAUUGCCAGCUGGUACCAGAAAUGUAAAUCUGACCCACACCUCUUUACCCUGUGGCUCCAUAUGCUUUUGUGCUUUACAUUACACUUGACAAGUCUAAGAAGUCAGUUAAGAAGAACUGAGGGAAGGAAGGAGACAGUCCAAACUGCAUAUGAAAGAUGCUCAUAACCCUCCAUGUUGUAUGAGGUUAGCACAUUCCAUGGCACACUGUGAUGUUCCUUAGGGAGUAAGGGCCUAAUUUAUUAAGGUUCGAGUUGUGUUGUCCUCGUAAAUUUCGAGUUUCCGAGGGUUAUUUUUAAGCCGAAAAUCCAAUUUUUCCUAUUUAUUAUACAAAAUACAUGAUCUAAAACCUGUGAAGGUCAUGUAGGAGUCAAGGUCCCUUGAACAAUUUGAAGAUGUUAAAAGCCUUCAUGAUGUUUGAGUUUUUCUCGGAGGGUUUUGCGCCUUUUUUCGCCGAAAACUCGAUUAAUUCAAGUUUUCAGUUUGUUAACCCCGAACUUGCUGAAUUUAGUUUUUUCCAUUUGUGAGUUCAUUCAAGUUCAUUCAAGGUAUAAAAAAAACUCAGAAAUUUGACCUUUGAUAAAUAACCCCCAUGAAAAGCAUUCUGAGGCAUUCAAGAUAAUUAUUUUGCAUAUCAUUAAAUCAUAAAGCCCAUUUUUGUUUGCUUGAUAAAGUUAUUUCUUGUUCAUCAAUAUGGAUUAUUUUUAUUAUAAUAACAAUAUGAUUUAUUUGGGAUGUUCCAACUAAACGCUUGUGUGUAUGAGCUAAUACCACCCAAUUUGUUACGCUUUUUUUUUUUUAACUUCAAUAUAUACUCUAAAAAUACCCUUAAUUUUUUUUUUUUUUUUAUUGAAGUCUCGUCACAGAUUUAAAUGUACAUUCAUACAUUGAUGUCCUCAUUGUUACAAGCUGAACAUUUAUUAAACAAGAAUAAAAGCAUUUUGAGCAAA